UCUUUCCCGGGAUCGGCGUGGGUGACUGCGGUGUGAACAUUCCCACUUGGCGUGAGAGAGCGUGAGAGUGGCGAAGAUGCGCGUCUGCGUGCUCCUCCUCCUGGUGGCCGUGGUGCUGGUGGCGGUGCUUCACGCGAGCAGCGCCAAGCGGCCGCAGCACGGCGGCGAAGGCGGCGUCGAGCAGCACGGCACCAAGAAGCACCACCACAAGGAGCGCCGCCACGACGCCAAGCACCACGAAGGAAAAGGGCGCAAGGGCAAGCACAGCAAGAAGCAGCAGCACGAGAGCUCCGCGUGGGCGUCCGAGCGCAGCGAGCAGCCUCGUCAUCAGCAGGACCAGCCGCAGGACGGCGAGCAGGCGACCCAGAAGGGCCAGGAGGCCGAGGCCAAGUCCACGAAGUACAAGCAGCACAAGAACAAGCAAGGCAACAAGGACGCUGCAGUUGACAGCAAGGGCCACAAACAGCAGAAGCAAAAGGAGAAGUUGAGCAAAGAUCAGGCGGCAGCACAAGAGAAACGGUCAAAGUACGCCAAGGGGGCCGACAAGGCGAAGCAGGACAAAGAGCCUAAGCUGCAGCAGCAGAAGGAGGCGCAGCUCGACGACAAGGAACCGGCGCAGCAGCCGGAGCCAGCCAAGUACCACAAGCAGGACGAACAGCGCACCGCCGAGCAGCCGCAGCAGGCAGCCAAGAACCUAUGCGCCGAGAGCAGGUCUCAGCAGCCGGGCUCCGCCACCAAGUGCCAAACAGAUGCCCAGCAGGCCACGGUGACUCAGGCCGCUGCCCCUGCUGCUGCUGCAGCCGCCGCCGGUGUAGGCCCAAGCCCAGUGUGCCCGCAGUCGAAGACGUCGAUGGGCCACGGCUGCGUACAGUCCUGCGCCUGCCCAGACACGGCCGUGUGCUUCGCCGCGACGGGAAACACCAGGGGCGUCUGCAAGCUCCCCGAGCCGGACGACUUGACCCGCGGCUCUUACCUUCCGUGAAACACGAGGGAUGCAGCUACAGUCUUCCAAUGACGACUCACCAUUUUCCCUGUACUCCCCACUUCCCGCUUCUCCUUCUGUCUUGGAUGUGCCCGCCGUUCAUUGUCACUCGCGCCCACCUGUCUUGUCCCUUGAGCAUGAGAAUUUUACUCUCUUUUUUUUUUUUUUCUUCUUGGGCGACGCCACAGAGCACAGUGUGAAGAGCUUGCGAGCUUUGUCUUCUCUCAUGUAAUGAGUUAAAAAGCUGUCGCAGCUGCACAGUUGUUAGAUGCACCAACGUUUCUUCGCACACUUUCACUACGCUUUAGUCAUUCGUAGACGCAGUGCACCGUGUCAUUAGGCUCACAAGCCGACACGCCAUGCAGCAUGUUCCAAUGCAUCAGAGCAGCUCUUUUUCAUGCAGUGACCCACGAAUGGAAUGAAAGCACCUAUAAUACAGAGUUGCAUGUGCGAGUUUGUGCCGAACGUCUCUAUCUACUGCUAGAACAGUGCAGUGAAAGUUACCUCCCAUUUAAUGAAGACAGAAGAGUCUGUAGGAAGAGAUGUUGUACAGUGACUUGAGCGCACUUUGGAUGUAGAGGCCAGUUUUUAUAUCGGCAACUCUAAUAACAUUCCACGUUUUCCUUGGUAACCCCGUUUCCUUAACUAUGUUGGCAAAGCUUCUAAAACUUAAAAGGAUGCAUGUGUGGCUUUGGUUUGACUUACACUGCACAGUGACGCGCACCCAAUAUGAUGUGGUUUUAAGUGGCUUCCCCCCACAAUGUUGAGCUUCCAGCUGUCACUACAUAGCCUAGACCAGAAACCACGCAUUUAUAUUUGGUCGUCUAAAUAUCCAACAUGCCAAAAGAGGAUGGAACGUUCACAGCAUCUAGCCCUUGUUUAACCUUCGUGACACAGCUCUCAAUAACCAUUUGUGCAUGACGGAGAACUUUAGGAGUGCUUUCUUGUACUAUAAUAUAGGUUGCACUGCACAGUUGCGUGUUCUUCUCUUUAAGACCAUGUGUAAAUAUUCUUUGUAUGAAUAAAGGAAGAUGUUGUUGUAA